CACUUAUGCACCAUCUUCAUGUCCUGCUCUUUGGGUAUGGGUGGGAUUUCUCCCUUUCUUUUAAUUUUCAAAGUAUUUACUUCUGAAUACCUGGGAAGUCUGCCAGACAUGUACUAGUAGAAGCUCAGGAGGAGGCUACAGAGAGAACCCAGAGCUAAGAAGAUGCCAAGGAUCUGGUGCCUGUGGCUUGCCAUUUGGGCCCUUUGGGCUGUGGCUGCAGCUCAACGCAGGAUGAGUGGCAGGCGCAACAGAUGGGGGCUAAACUGGAGCCAGAAGCACUCAGCCUACAAGUCUUGGAACUCCCGACUGUACCCCCAGUGGAAAGAGGGAGACCCCAGGCAGCGGAACUGCUGGCGAGGCGGCGAUGUGACAUUUGAUAUCAGAAAUGAUGCCCCAACCAUAACUGGUGCAAAGGCCACGUUUAGCAUUGUUCUGCGCUUCCCUGGCAACCAGACAGUCAUGCCAGAUGGACGCAUCGUGUGGAGCCAGAACUGCUCCAUAAAUGGCACCCAUGUGAUGCAAGGAGAUCCUGUUUUCCCUGAGCAGGAGACGGCAGGCCCUGACAGCUUCUUUCCCGAUGGGCAACCCUUCUCCCCAAGUGACCGUGGAAGACGUGGCAAGUUUGUCUAUGUCUGGCAGACAUGGGAGCGCUACUGGCAGGUAGUCGAUGGUCCUUCAUCCCAGCUGACCGUAGAGACAGGGAACAUACCGCUAGGUUCCUACACCAUGGACGUGCAAGUCUACCAUUACCGAGGACGUGAGAAAUUCAUCCCCAUAGGUGGCACCUCAUCACAGUUCAGCAUCACCGACCAGAUCCCAUUCAAUGUGGACAUUACACAGGUGCUAGAUAUGGAUGGGACAGAUGGUCGCUUUGUGCAAAACCGGGCCAUUUCCUUUGGUGUGCGGCUCCACGAUCCCAGCCAAUAUCUGCGUGAUGCUGACAUCUCCUACUCCUGGGAUUUUGGUGACCAGAGUGGGACACUGAUUUCCCGGCAAGCCCUGGUUACCCACACCUACCUCACCGCUGGGACCUUCAUCCCUCGCGUGGUGCUCCAGGCUGCCAUCCCCCUGGCCUCUUGCGGAAGCAGCACUACAGAACAGCCACCUGUUGUCCCCUCAACCAAUCCAAGUGGCACCACAGUCCAGGUUACCACUGCCUUGCCCAUUGUCAGCAGUCCGGCUGGGACAAGCUCUGAGGGAGUCCAAACUUCUGCGGCAGCCCCUGGGACGUCAGCACUCCCCACUGAACAGCAACCUGAAACGGCAAGUGCCGGUUCCUUGGCCACAGUAGCACCUGCUACAAUCAUCAGUGCUGUGCCUGAAGGGGCAGAUUUAGCUGCCGCAUCUGUGGAUCCAGCAAUUGUUGCCUCUUCAACAGAAGAUGCCACCGGCCCUGUGGCCCCUGCCUCUGUGUCCACUGCAGUGCCUGCCUCUCUGCCGGGCUCUGUGGCCCCUGCCUCUGUGUCCACUGCAGUGCCUGCCUCUCUGCCGGGCUCUGUGGCCCCUGCCUCUGUGUCCACUGCAGUGCCUGCCUCUCUGCCAGGCAUCGUGGCAUCUGCUUCUCUGUCCACAGUGGCACCCGAGGACGACCCUGGAACUGCGCCCACGGUUCUGUCCCCUCUGGCACCUACCACUGCACUUCCUGGAGUUUCAGUGACACCCUCCAGUGUGGUCAACACCCCGGUCUCUUCGGCAACAGCAGAUGCUGCUGAAGACCCAGUGACCAUCGAUCUGACUGUAUCUGUGGUGCCUGACGCUGAAACAGUUGCAACGGAGGCCGCCCUCAUCUUGGUCAAGCGGCAGGCUCCUGCUGGCUGCCUCCUCUACCGCUAUGGGACCUUCGCCACUGCACUGGACAUUGUCCAGGGAAUUGAGAGUGUGGAGAUCGUGCAGGUGGUGCCACUGUUGCCAGCCAUUGCUGAGAACACAGUCGAUCUCACGGUGACCUGCCAAGGAAGCCUCCCUGAAGAAGUCUGCACGAUCAUCUCGGAUGCAGAUUGUUUGACAGCUCAGGAGACUGUAUGCAGCCCGAUCCAGCCUGGACCUGACUGCCAGCUGGUUUUGCGCCAGGCCUUCAACCAGUCUGGCCUCUACUGUGUCAACAUCUCACUGGCGGAUGCAAACAGCCUGGCUGUAGCCAGCACGCAAGUCAGAAUCCAGGCAGGAAGAACGCCAGCCUCAGCCCAGAUGGCAUUAGUAGCUGGAGUGGUGCUUGUUGCUGCUGCCUUGGGAGCUGUGGCCUACACCUACAGGCGUGUAAAGUACACCCCGCUACGUGCUGCAGUGUCCACCAGCACCUCCCCCAGGAGCUGGUUGCCUGACCGCACCUCUGUCCGCCUCUUCCUACGCCAGGCAUUUGGGCAGGGGGCCAGUGGGGAGAGCAGCCCACUGCUGAGUGGCAAUGUGAUCUAAAGAGGAUGUCAAACGCCAAGGGACCCACCACCCUGACCAGAUGUCCCAUGGAGCCAGCACUGGGAAUGGAGGCAGUGACCUUCCCUGCCAGUCUUUCACCCUAAACUCACCUCCCCAGCAUUGUUGUUCUUUUCAAAUUUCCUGCUAAGUAAACACCAGACUCCUUGA